AUGGCGGCGGGCAGGCGCGCCCCGCGCACCGGGCUGCUGGAGCUGCGCGGCCCCGGCGGGCAGUGGCUCCGCGUCCUCCUCACCCUGGCCGAGGACGUGCUGGGGGUGAGCCCGACCGACGGCCCCGGCCCCGCCGCCGGCCCCGGCGAGGCCCCGGCGGCGCAGCUGAACGGCGGCGAUCCGAGCUCCGCCGUGCCCGAGGCACUCGCCAACAUCAGGCGCACGGUGCGCGUCGUCAAGCAGGACGUGGGGGGGCUCGGCAUCAGCAUCAAAGGUGGCCGAGAGAAUAAAAUGCCCAUCUUGAUCUCCAAGAUCUUCAAGGGGCUGGCAGCGGAUCAGACCGAGGCGCUGUACGUGGGGGAUGCCAUCCUGGCCGUCAACGGCACCGACCUCUCCGAGGCAACGCACGACGAGGCCGUGCAAGCCCUGAAGAAGACGGGCAAGGAGGUGGUCUUGGAAGUGAAGUACAUGAAGGAGAUCUCGCCCUACUUCAAGAACUCCUCAGCGGGAGCCACGGUCAGCUGGGACCCGUCGCCCUCCGCCCCGCAGAAGCGCUCAUCCCCCCUGCUCCCGCCUCGGGAGCUCUGGGAGGGCCGCUCCGUGCCUCUGAAGAUGUGCUACGUGUCCCGCAAGUGCCUCCCCACCGACCCAGAGCACAGGUACCUGGAGGUGUGCUCGGCGGACGGGCGCGUCGCUCUCUUCCUGCGGGCCAAGGACGAGGCCACGGCGCAGUCGUGGCUCAACGCCAUCCAGGCCACGGCGGGCACGCUGCUGCCGCGGGUGAAGGAGGAGCUGCGGGCACAGCUUGUGGGGGCUGGCGCGGCGGCUGGGCGCGAUGUCAAGCACGUGGGCUGGCUGACCGAGCAGCUCCCCAGCGCUGGCACCAGGAACCUCUUGGCCAUCCUCACUGAGAAGGAGCUGCUGCUGUAUGGCAGCCUGCCGCAGAGCCGGGAUGCCAUGGGCAAGCCCACCCACAGCUACCCCCUCAUUGCUACCAGGCUGGUGCACUCGGGGCCGGGCAAGGGCUCGGCGCUGUACGAGGCGGAGCUGUCGUUCGCGCUGCGCAGCGGGACGCGGCUGGGCGUGCAGACGCAUCUCUUCAGCCUGGAGAGCCCCCGCGACCUGGCGCUGUGGACGCGGCUGCUGGUGGACGGCACGCACGGCGCGGCGGAGCUGGCGCAGGAGGCCUCGGCAGCCUGCACGUGGAAGGGGCGGGAGUGCACCCUCUCCAUCCACAUCGACAAGGGCUUCACCAUCUCCACCACCGAGCCUGGGCUCAGCAAGACCGUCCUGCUCCAGCAGCCCUUCGAGAAGCUGCAGAUGUCCUCUGAUGAUGGCACCAAGAUGCUCUACCUGGACUUUGGUGGCCCGGAGGGAGAGAUUCAAUUGGACCUUCACUCCUGCCCUAAAACCAUCGUCUUCAUCAUCCACUCCUUCCUCUCGGCCAAGGUGACCCGGCUGGGGCUGCUGGCAUGAAGAGGGAGCCGAGCAUGGGGCAGAGCGGCCCCAGCCCCGGCCAAUCUAUGCACCUCCCUCCCUCCAGGCCAACCCCAGCCCCGAGCCAUCCCACCUAGCCUGCAGGGCCACACCGCUGUCCUGCUGGGAAGAGCCACCCCGGGGCUUUGUGGGCAGCGGUGGGCUGAAGCCCCCUUGGCUGGCAGCACUGGCACUUCUCCGCUCCCUUCUCGCCCUCCUCUCCCCCUGCGGUGCCUGGCGGCGGCUGGAGGAGGCCGGUGGCAGCCCAUGUGAGCAGCCCUGCUCUGCUCCUCACCCCAGUGCCUUCAGAGAUGAUAUUUUCUGGACAAAGAACCCGUUUCUAGCGAUGUUUUGUAUUUAUAUGGCCCAGUUACAAACGCUGACGCAGCAGCUUUCACCUGCCUGCCUCGGACCCCCCUGGAGCCCAGGUCCUGCAGCCCCAGGGUGUGUGUGUGUCCCUUGGAGGCUGCAGCCAGCUCCUGAGCGCCUGAGAGAUGGGAACUGCACAUCAGCUCUAGCUGCUAUUUCUGUGUCCAUGUUGCACCCAAUGACAGGAACCACUUUGCUGGAGUUGGAUCGUUUUACUUUGCUAACUCCUGGGUCACUUUAUUUCUUGGUUUUGAGGGGGGAGAGUUGGCAGGUGGCUGCUGGGAAAUAACUUCUUUUAUGAACCAAGAUUCUACAUGAAAACACUUUUUUUUGAGGGGGGUCAAAUAAACGUUGCAGAUCACAA